CAGCGGGAUAUGUGACAGAUUUUCACUGUACCUGUUAGAUAAAUUGUAUAUAUAUGUUAUCAUGCGUUCCCUAAUGAGUACUUAUUAAUAAGUUAUUGCGCAGAAUGCUUGCUGUUUCGCCUUGCAGACGUCCACCAGUCCACAACAAGUCAUACGAUGCUGUCUGGGGCUUCCUGACCUUCUACACCUCUGGGAAUCCAAGAAAGUUGCUGAUAGCUCAAUCUACUCUGUUGAUGUCUGCACAUGGCAUUCUGUCCUUGCACUCCUUUCCCAUGGCGUCCUGUCUGUAACUACUUGUUUCACAUAGAAUUUUGUCAUGACGUCUUGUCUGUGACUACUUGUUUAUGUCCUUGCGCUCCUUUAUUUUCUCAUGACGUCUUGUGAGCACUUGUUUUACAUAGCAUUUUGUCCUUGCGCUCUUUUUGUUUCUCAUGAGACUAGGCCAUGCUUUCCCCCCCCCACCUGUUAGGGGCUAGUCUCACAUUGUAGGUAGGGCAUCCCAAAAUAAAAAGAGCGAGGGGUGUGACAGAUCUUUAGUGUAUUUUGGACUGCUGUAAGUCUGGUUGCACUCCUCGCGAGAAAAGACUCAACAUUCUGCCUCACUGGUUUUGUCUGCUGAUCCUUUUGCUGAUUUUGAACCUGACAGAUUUUUGGGGGCUCGUCCGGGAUCUCAAUAGACCUACUUCGGGUUCCGGCUGACUUUUCGACGCAGGACAAGUCCUUGGCCAAGGCAUAUAAAGGAAACCCUUUUCACGGGGCUGACUCGAUCAGUCAGCUGGACGCCGGAGUGGUUGACGAGAUCGUCCGAGGGAAAGGCCCAGCGGACUGAAGACCCCAAAGUGGUACCGGGAGACUGGGUUUUGAUCAGGAGUAUCAAGAGGAAGAAUUGGCAUUCACCCAAGUGGGGAGGUCCCUUUUUGGUACUACUCACGACACCUAAUGCUUUAAAAAUAGCCGAACGCAACACGUGGAUUCAUUUAACUCAUUGUAAAAAAGUGAUCUCCGCAGACCCAACCUAAGUACGGAAGGUGAGCAAAGUCUGGUAAUAGUGCCUGAUCCUGGUGCCAAGAUCCAGGGUUGACACGAAAGCUAGCAGAAGCCGAUUUCCAAGACACCAACCCGAAGCUCAGGGUGUUGACUCUGGGGAGAUCCAAAACAUGAGCAUUAGAGAGUCAUUUGGUGAGUGCUUUAAUCGGGCUGUAGCCUGCGCGAAGUCUACCAUGUGCUUUUGGUUGUUUUUGCUGGUUUGUGUUACCAUUAUAUUUUUUUCGGGGGUUACUUUAUCUGGAGGGAUAGAAUACCAUGAGCCUCGCACAUUAUUCUCUCAGGCGACUGCUAACGCUAAUUCUAGUCGAUGUGGCUCAUGGGGUGAACUUGCUAGACAUAAGCGCGACACUAAAUCCCCUUUUGGUCAUGUUGUUUGUGUUCCAGGAGCCGUCCGUGUUCCAACCUGUGUACCAUGGCUUUUGUCUUGGGCUUAUAAUAACUCAUUAAUGUUUACUGUGGCUCCUAACACAUCUUCUUCUAUUAUUUUACCUUUGAAAAGUUUGAAAGGGUUUCGUAAUGGUCGCCCCACUACUGGAGAUAGAUGGCUCGGGUAUUGGUGGUAUUUAACUGGCCACCCGGUUAACACCGGCUGGGGCACCCUUGUCACCACGCAAAUGCGAGGGUAUUGGCCCUCUGGUUCCAGUGACGAGGCUGUGUUCUUUGCUAAACGAGUGACUUUGAUAAAUCGGGGCACAAGCCUCCUUUUGACUCUUACACUCCCUGACGGUCAUAUUCGUCCUCCAAAUGCCACCUUGUUUAACACUUCUUGUUGGGGUUUUCAACUGUGGGCUUGGUCCUCUGGAACCGAUCCUCGCUUUCCUAUUGCUAUUUGCCUUAAUAGAACAAUGUCGGUCGCAGACCGUCCCGUUACAAAUAAAUACACCUUGUCAGCGGGAGCAAAAAUCACAAGUACGCUCCUCACUGAUGUAGACAGCUAUUUUGUGGCCUCCACAGGGAUAAGCGGUCAUACUAACAACUGGCUUCUUAUGGCUGAGCAGGCCGCAAAGAUGGCUGGCGCUAGUUGCAUUGCGUGCAUGGGUCCCAGACCUCUUUUGAAAAUCAUACCUGCAAAUAUAGGCCCUAAGUGUGCUGUCGUUUUGAUGUUAGACUCGUCCAUUUCACCCACUCACGAUUGUUUUAGAUGGGAUACGGUUUACCCUGUUGCCCCUAUGACAAAGCAUAAACCCCUUUUUUCGUCUGUUGUAGCUAAGGGUAAUUUUACAUGCAUUAGAUUACCUGGUACCGGUGUGAAGCUCGGCGCCCUACCUGCUCCGUGGUGUGGGUCCGUGACCAAGGUCACGGCCCCUUUUUUGCCCAUUGCUCGUUGUGAUAUUUGGUUUUGGUGUAAUAGUAACAAACUUUAUGAUAGGUUGCCUUUCGACAGCGCUGGAAUUUGCGCUUUGGUAACCCUAUUGCUACCUGUUUAUUUGAUACCGAUGUCCUCUUAUGAUCUAACGUCUUUUGCUAAGUCCGUAGUGCCCAAAUUCUGGCCGAGAACGAAACGAGACGCCGAAUGGCGGGGCACAGCUAAUCCAACCUACAUCGACGCCAUUGGUGUUCCUAGGGGAGUGCCGGAUGAGUAUAAGCUGGUGAAUCAGAUAGCAGCUGGUUUUGAAUCCGCCCUGUGUUGGUGGUGUACUCUUAACAAAAAUGUUGACAGGAUUAACUACGUCCAUUACAACGUGCAGAGGCUUGGAAACUGGACCGAGGCGGGUUUCAGGGCGGUCCACUCCCAACUGGCCGCUACUUCCCUCAUGGCUUUCCAGAAUCGAAUGGCCCUUGACAUGCUACUCUCAAGAGAGGGCGGUGUCUGCGCCAUGUUCGGUGAGCAAUGUUGCACUUUUAUUCCAAAUAACACUGCGGCCGACGGAAGCCUGUCCCAGGCCCUUGAGGGCCUGUGGGCCUUGAACGGGAAGAUGAAGGAGCACAGUGGAGUGAACACGGAGGUUUGGGCCAACUGGUUGAACGUGUUCGGAAAGUACCGCACCCUGGUUUCCUCUGCCCUGGUCUCCGUUGCCGUUUUCUCUGCCAUUUUGACCUUGUGUGGAUGUUGUUGCAUCCCUUGUCUCCGAUCCCUAAUUAACAGGCUAAUUACGGCUGCUAUCUCUCCACCAGCUGAGACUUUCCCGUUGCUCCUAAGGGAUGACCUUUCGGUCGACGGGGGUUCCUUCUCUAUUGACGACCCGGUCAGCGAAUCUGUUGUGGUUAACUUGUCCGAUUUGUUUUCUGACCCGGGCUUUGCCGAUUGUGACUCAGUUUCCUCCCGUGUGUAAGUUGGUUCCUGCGAAAUGUGAUCCCUUGGCUGAAAAUCUUUUUGAAGUGGCCAUAUGGGUGAUGGGUUGGUCUCCGGGAACUUAUGAUAAACAGGGGGGAAUUGUUAGAUAAGUUGUAUAUAUAUGUUAUCAUGCGUUCCCUAAUGAGUACUUAUUAAUAAGUUAUUGCGCAGAAUGCUUGCUGUUUCGCCUUGCAGACGUCCACCAGUCCACAACAAGUCAUACGAUGCUGUCUGGGGCUUCCUGACCUUCUACACCUCUGGGAAUCCAAGAAAGUUGCUGAUAGCUCAAUCUACUCUGUUGAUGUCUGCACAUGGCAUUCUGUCCUUGCACUCCUUUCCCAUGGCGUCCUGUCUGUAACUACUUGUUUCACAUAGAAUUUUGUCAUGACGUCUUGUCUGUGACUACUUGUUUAUGUCCUUGCGCUCCUUUAUUUUCUCAUGACGUCUUGUGAGCACUUGUUUUACAUAGCAUUUUGUCCUUGCGCUCUUUUUGUUUCUCAUGAGACUAGGCCAUGCUUUCCCCCCCCCACCUGUUAGGGGCUAGUCUCACAUUGUAGGUAGGGCAUCCCAAAAUAAAAAGAGCGAGGGGUGUGACAGAUCUUUAGUGUAUUUUGGACUGCUGUAAGUCUGGUUGCACUCCUCGCGAGAAAAGACUCAA